AUGCCAAUAAAGCCGGAUAAGAGCAUGGCGGUCCCGCAUAUAUCUAAGGGAUCUUAUGUUCAGAAAUCAUUUCUUUCUUUGCGAGAUACCGCAUCAAAAGUUUCACAAGGAGAGAUCUCCUCGAGAACUUCGUUAUCUCAACUGAAACUGAACUUGUUGACAGAAGGAAGGCACUGGGAAGUCUUAGAAGAUUAUGGACUUGAAGAAUUGCGGGACGGGUUUUUCGAUCCCAUAUUCACAAGAUAUGAACGAAAUCACUCCUCUACUUCGGACUAUCCAGAGCUUGUGAAAGAUGAUUACUUCAGCUAUUGGAAUCACUCACUCGUAUCCUUUCUCCGUAUUGAGUAUGAACAUUUGAAACAAAAUUGGGAGCCGAUCGUGAAAUUCUUCGUGGCAUUCUUUGCUUCUUGGUGCAUAUGUCUGAUUCAUCCAGCCGGUUCUUGGCUGGGGCAUCAGUACCGAUACUUUAUGCCCAUCGCUGUCCUUAUACACCAUCCUGCACGAACGGUCGGGGUUCAACUGGAAAUCUCUAUAUGGUCUAUUUUAGGUGGUGCAUUUGGUCUAGGAUGGUCAAGCUUGGCAUGGUACGUCUCUACCGCUACUAAACCCACGUCGAACCAUCAAGGUGGUAUUCUGUUCAUGAGUAUGUUUAUCGCCAUUUUUUUAGCUAGCUGGCUAAGGACAGCAUACCAGAGAUUCUUUUACUUUUCACUUUCUUUUGGAGUUUCUAUUUUAUUUUUGCACACAGCCGAUCUCGUGAAUUCUAAGUACUUAUUGGACUGGCAGUUAUGCUGGGACUUUGGAAUAUCCUAUCUUUUUGGAAUUUUGUUAUCCUUACUCGCGUGUGUUAUUAUUUUUCCACAUUGUGGUCAAUCUGAACUGGUGGACAAGUUCUCCACCACGCUUACUGUUAUGAAAGAUUUACUAGUCACUUUGGUUGACGUCGAAAACUGUCAUGACCUUGAAAAGCUGCAUCAUCUAAAGAAGGAGGUGGGUAUCAGUAUUGACAUUAAGUUGUCAGAGGGCUAUAGAGAGUUUUCAAAUCAACUGAAAUUUACCAAGCUAAAUGAGCAUACUUUGAAGAAAUUGCGCAAUAGUUUGACAACUGUUGCUGCUCCUUUACGUAAUUUGCCUAUUGAUCACAAGCUGAUCACCAAAGUCGAGUUAGAGCAUUUUUACGAGGCUCACAGAAAUGGAGAAGAUACCAAUGCCAUUGAUUCCACCAAUAAUGAAACUCCUAUGCCUAUUUCCGGUGCAGCAACCCCGCUUCCAAAACAAGCCGAUCCAUUAUCGCAUGGAAUCUCUCAUUCAACAGAGAUUUAUGUGAGUGUUCUGAAAUCAACUUUCUCAAGGAGUAUUUUGUCUCUCAUUGUUGAGAUGAUAUACGUACUAGAGACUUUAGACUCCACUUUCUUUUCAUUUGUUGAAGACAAGUUAUCGGAAGAAGACAUUGAAAAUAAUCACAAAAAACUCACAAAGGCCAAGAAUAGGUUGCAACGCAAAAUUUACAAGCUAGAUGUCUGUUACAAGGAUUUUACGAAAACAGAUUUUUUUUGUAAAGAUCUAUUAGCUGAUCCUCAGUCCGUGGAUAUUUUUCUAUUUUUGAGAUACUUGAGACAGGCAGCGAAACACAUGCUGUCCGUCUCCGAAUGUAUUGAUGAGUUUCAAAAUGACCUUCGCUGGAGAGUUACUCUUCCUCAUUACCCUCUUCAUAGGGCACUUAAAAGGCUGUCACACCAAUGUACUAUUGAUCAAGGUGCAACAACUAUUCUUCACUACUUCGAAACCAAAUCCGACGUGGACGACAUUUUUGAGAAGCUUUAUAAUAGCUACACGUCGAAACAUAAAUCGGAUGGCCUUCGGGAUGGUGAGGUAAUUAGGCCUGCCAUAAGGGCUGUUGACCAUAAAGAUUUCAAUCUUCAUACUACAAAGCAUCCCUUGCGCUAUAAAUUAUGGCUCUUUACGACAAAGGUGGUAUCCUACGAGAGUAAAUGGUCACUUAAAAUAUCGUUUGUCAUUACAUUUUUGGCCUUACCAACAUGGUUACCUCAAUCUUAUCAGUGGUAUCAAGAAUAUCAAUGUUGGUGGUCUCCGCUCAUCUUUUUCAUUUUAAUCAACCGGAGGAAUACCGGUUCAUGGAGUUCUAUGUUACGCCGUUUCCUUUGUGCACUGAUCGGCAUAUUCUGGGGCUGGUGUGCAAAUCAAUCAAGACAUUUUUGCAGUCCUUACGUUGUCGCGACAUUUGGUGGCAUACUUUGUGCACUCUUUAGCUUUAACUUCUUUGUCUACAGAAACACGAAAUCAAGUUUUAGCGGGCUGUUGUGUUUUAUCGUCAUUGCAUUAGAACCAUACAGCAAAUCAAGUGCGAGCCACAAUACAGCAGCUAUUUGGAAAAACACCUGGGUUACCGGGUUAGCUUUGCUCAUUGGUGUUGCUUUGUCUGUCCCCAUCAAUUGGGUAUGGUGGUCUUUUAUGGCCCGAUAUGAGCUAAGGUUAUCAUUAUCAUCACUUUUGGCGCAUAUGAGUCAAUCUUAUCAGUCAAUCACGGAUCGUUACCUUUAUAGGGAUGUGGAUGAUGACCCAACUGACCUCACUUUAAAACUCUCCAAUGUGAGAGAAGUGAGACUAUCACAAAGCCUGAUAGCAGUCAAGGAACUGCUUUCAAAAGCUAAAGAAGAACCAAAUUACAUUUCGAACUUUAAACCCAUUGUCUAUGAGGAAUUACUGGAAGCAUGUGAGUACGUCCUUGACAGAAUGAUAGAAGCAAGAAUGUCCGGGCAAUACUUCGAAGUUUGGGAUCAAGAUAAUGAUAAUCAAAUUACUAGAGCAUUGCUGUCGCUUCGUCGUGAUAGUGUUGCCACUGUCAUAUUUGUAUUUUACAUCCUUUCAAACUGUUUCAGAUCAAAGAACAAAAUACCGAAAUAUUUGCCAAAUCCGAUCAUGUCCCGGAAACGGCUUUAUGAUUUCAUUUCCAAGUUUGAGAGAUCUUGUGAGUCAAACGUUUCUUCCGCUGGAGAGAAAACAUUGGCACCUGAAGCCAGUGACGACCUUCAAAAACAGCCUCGUCACAAGGAUGAUUAUGAAAAGUCUCAUUGGACGGAAGUACAUGGCAUGGCCUUCGCGCGUGCAUUCACAGAUAUAACUGAGGUUCUUCAGAAAAUUAUCGAACUGAGUAAAGAGAUUUUGGGUGAAGAACCCUUUUAA